CACUCAACAUGGCGGCGGCGCCCUGCCGAGGCGCCUGAGAGCGCCAGGAGCGUCGCGUGACACUCCAGUCAUGGCGGCCCCGGGGCAGGCUGUGGGCAGCGGGGCUCAGGAGACAUGCGGUCUGGAUCGGAUUUUGGAAGCACUGAAGCUGCUGCUGAGCCCGGGAGGAUCAGGCUCAAGUUCACUACAGGUCACAAAACACAAUGUCUUGUUGGCUACUUUAAAAUCUAACCUGUCUGCUUUGGAGGACAAGUUUCUGAAGGAUCCUCAGUGGAAGAAUCUGAAACUCCUAAGAGAUGAAAUUGCUGGUAAGGCAGAAUGGCCACAAAACUCUGUGGAUGUCACUUGGAGUUUUACCUCUGAAACCUUGUUGUUGCUUUUGUGCUUGAAGGAAACCAUGCUCCUCCUUGCAGCUAAUUUCAAUCCAGGUAAACCCAACCCUAGGACUCCGGAAGUUGCUCCUGCCCUGAGUCCCGAUGCACUUAGUAUCUCACAGCAGAAGACUGUCCAGUUCGUUUUGCAGUUUGUAGUCACCUUGGGUAUUUGCCCCUAUCUCAUGCCUGGUGUUGGAGUCCCUUUGAGAUAUAGAACUGAGUUUGGUGCCGUCGUUCAAGACGUGGUGUGUCUCGAUGCUGCUCCUGAUGCAACUCGAAGACUGUACACCAGCUGCAGGGCCCUUCUAAAUGUUGCUCAGCACACAUCUCUGGGAAGCUUGAUAUUCUGCCACCAUUUUGGGGAUAUUGCAGCAGGUCUGUGCCAACUGGGAUUCUGCCCAACCAAAAGAAAACCACUAACACCUGCAGAAGAGGUUCUAACUGAAGAGGAAAGAACCCUAUCCAGGGGGGCCUUGAGAGACAUGUUGGAUCAAGUCUAUCAGCCCUUAGCAGUCCGGGAACUGCUUAUCCUCCAGGGAGGACCACCCCAGUCCUGCACAGAUGUGAAGACACAGCUGAGGUGUCGGGCCCCAGCUUGGCUUCGGCGUCUAUGUGGACAGCUGCUCUCUGAAAGGUUAAUGAGGCCUAAUGGUGUUCAGGCAGUAGUCCGGGGCAUUUUGGAAGGAGCAGGUGCAGGGGCAGCUGGUGGAAGUGAUGCUGAGGCGACGGCUGCUGACUGGAAGAAGUGUGACCUGAUCGCAAAGAUUUUGGCCUCUUGUCCCCAGCAGUCUCUUUCACCAGAGAGUUACUACCGGGACAUCUGCCCCCAGGUUCUGGAUUUAUUUCACUUUCAGGAUAAAUUGACAGCACGACAGUUUCAGAGAGUUGCCACCACUACCUUUAUAACUUUGUCAAGAGAACGCCCACAAUUGGCAGCAAAGUAUUUGCUCCAGCCAGUGUUAGCUCCUCUUCAUCGAUGUUUGAGUACAGCAGAGAUUCCAGAGAGUCACAUGGUACCAGGAACUAUUUUGGUGACAGAAGAAGAACUUAGUAGAUGCAUUGAGGAUGUGUUUAAGGUGUACGUGGUUGGGAAUGAACCUUUAACAGUUUUGAUGGAUUCUCUGCUUCCUGUCCUGGGAGUGCUUUUUCUUCUCUACUGUUUUACUAAGCAGAGUGUAUCUCACAUAAGGUCACUUUGCCAAGAAAUCUUAUUAUGGAUUCUGGGGAAGCUGGAAAGGAAGAAGGCAAUUGCCAGCCUGAAAGGAUUUGCAGGGUUGGACAAAGCUGUGCCCUCUCUCCAUUCUCUGUGUCAGUUUAGAGCUGCCACUCAAGGUGGCAUUAUGAUUACCAUCAAAGAGGCCUUUAGUGAUGAAGAUGAAGAUGAAGAUGAAGCCCUGUACCAGAAGGUAUCCUCAGAGCAGGGCCGGGUAGAGCAUCUCGGGGACUUGCUGUCCCACUGCCAGGAAUGCGGUUUGGCAGGAGACUUCUUCAUCUUCUGUUUGAAAGAGUUGACUCAUGUGGCCACGGAAAAUGAAACAGGGUUAAAAACUGAGCCCUUCUCCAGCAAGAGCCUCUUGGAAUUAGAGCAAUAUCAGACUCUUCUUGUGGAAGGCCAAGAGCAGAAGCUGCUUGUCCUGCAGCUGAUAGCUGUUCUGUGCGAGAGAAUGUCUGAGCAGAUAUUCACAAAUAUCACUCAGGUGGUGGACUUUGUAGCAGCGACAUUGCAGAGAGCCUGUGCAAGCUUGGCCCAUCAGGCAGAGAGCACCGUGGAAUCACAGACGCUGAGCAUGUCUAUGGGGCUGGUGGCUGUCAUGCUGGGAGGAGCUGUUCAGUUGAAGUCAAGUGAUUUUGCUGUUCUGAAGCAGUUGCUGCCUCUGUUGGAGAAGAUAUCCAACACAUACCCUGAUCCUGUCAUCCAAGAACUCGCUGUUGAUCUCCGCAUCACCAUCUCCACCCAUGGAGCCUUUGCCACUGAGGCCAUCAGCACGGCUGCGCAAAGUACACUGAACAGAAAAGAUCCGGAAGGGAAAAUAGAAGAGCAGCAACAAACCAGUUGUGAAAGACCCGCUGAUGUAGCUCAUAGCCACUUUGAACAACAGCAGAGCCAUGAGAUAGCCCCCCAGACAGGCCUGCAGUCAAAUGCUCCAAUCAUUCCUCAAGGAGUCAAUGAGCCCAGCACUACUACAAGCCAGAAAUCUGGAAGCAUAACCACAGAACAGCUCCAAGAGGUUCUUCUAUCAACUUAUGACCCUGAAAUUCCAACACGGGCUGCUGCCCUGCGUACUCUUUCCUGCUGGAUAGAGCAGAGAGAAGCAAAAGCCCUUGAGAUGCAAGAGAAACUUCUCAAGAUAUUCUUGGAAAACAUGGAACAUGAAGACACUUUUGUAUAUCUAUCUGCAAUUCAGGGGGUUGCCCUGCUCUCAGAUGUCUAUCCUGAGAAAAUCUUGCCAGACCUGUUGGCUCAAUAUGACAGCAGCAAAGACAAGCACACACCAGAGACCAGAAUGAAAGUCGGGGAAGUCCUGAUGCGAAUCGUCAGGGCAUUAGGAGACAUGGUCUCAAAGUACCGAGAACCUUUGAUCCACACCUUCCUGAGGGGAGUGAGAGAUCCCGACGGUGCUCACAGGGCCAGCAGCUUGGCCAACCUCGGGGAGCUGUGCCAAAGGCUGGACUUUCUGCUGGGCUCCGUGGUCCAUGAGGUAACAGCUUGCCUGAUUGCUGUGGCCAAAACAGACAGUGAAGUUCAAGUACGCAGAGCUGCCGUACAUGUGGUUGUGCUGCUGCUUCGGGGACUCAGCCAGAAAGCUACUGAGGUGCUGAGCGCCGUCCUCAAGGAUCUCUACCACCUGCUGAAGCACGUGGUGCAUCUGGAGCCCGAUGACGUGGCCAAGCUCCAUGCCCAGUUGGCCCUAGAAGAGCUGGAUGACAUCAUGAAAAACUUCCUGUUCCCUGCACAGAAGCUGGAGAAGAAGAUUGUGGUCCUGCCAUAGACCUGGCUCCAAGGACAUGGAGGAGGCAGGCAGGGCCAGGCACCCAGAGCCAUGCCCAGGUCUUCUGGCAGGUGUCCCUGCUGCCUCUUGAGUGCUGGCAGCAUGGCUGACCCUUGGGGUGGCUUUAUGGUGCUGGUCACUUGGGUCUUCAGGGUCCCUUCCUAAGGCAUCUGUUUGGCACUCCCGCAUUCAGCCUGAAGGGUGUGCAGUUAAGAGAAAACAAUUAGCCGGACGCGGUGGCUCACGCCUGUAAUCCCAGCACUUUGGGAGGCUGAGGCAGGUGGAUCAUGAAGUCAGGAGAUCAAGACCAUCCUGGCUAACACAAUGAAAC